AAGAGACAGAAACAGGAUGAGGGCAUGAGGUCCUUUCCGUUUUUGCUAUGGCUUCCCUCAACAUCAAUCUCCCACCCUCCAUAACCAUACCCAACUCAUUUUCUCUCUCCUCUCUCUCUCAUUUCCAUGGCCGCCAACUCUCUCUUUCAUCAACACUCUCAUCUUCUCUUCCCAUCUUACCACACUCCAAAACGAUAUUCAUCCAUGGCACAAACAACUUCAAAACUACCCAAUUCAGCCGCAAUUGCUCUUUAAUUCCCCCCACUUCCAUUCCUUCUCAAAGCCCCUUCGUUCAACACGAUGAUAACCUCUUCAUUGUUGUCAAUUUCUACCACUUUGUUUUCAUCAAAGACCCUCAAUUUGAAGUUUCCAGGCAUUUAUUCGUUUUACAGGAGCUUGACAUACAUGGGCGGAUUUAUAUCAAUGAACAAGGUGUUAAUGCGCAGUUCAGUGGACCAUCAAGAGAUGCUCUUGCAUAUGUGAAAUGGCUUAGAGAUGAUCAAAGAUUCACUGAUAUUCUGGUUCAAAUUUCACCAUCUUCUAUUGGACAUGCAUUUCCGAGAUUGAAGCUGCGUUAUAAGCCCUCAUUGGUGCAGUUUGAUUUAGGAGUUCAAGAUCUUCCGCUCCUCGAUCCUUUAAUGCGUGCAGUGCCUCUGUCACCGGCUGAAUGGAGAACAAGGUUGAAGUCGAUAAAUAACAAUCAUGACACAGCAAAUGCAAAUGACAAGAAUUGCAUUUUAUUGGACGUAAGAAAUGGUUAUGAAUGGGAUAUUGGUCAUUUUGAGGGGGUUCAACGUCCUGAAGUUGACUGCUUUAAAAGUACUUCAUUUGGGUUAUCGGACGAGGUUACUGAUUUAGAUCCUUUAGUGAACAUCGAUAAAGAAAAAACACAUAUUUUGAUGUAUUGUACUGGAGGAAUUCGCUGUGACGUAUAUUCUACCAUCCUCAGACAAAAGGGUUUCAAGAAUCUCUACACGUUAAAGGGUGGUGUUUCAAAUUAUCUCCAGAAGGAAGGUCCUGAUAAAUGGAUAGGUAAUUUAUUUGUAUUUGACUCACGUCUCUCUCUCCCUCCGUCUACUUUCAAACCUGGAGCCGCCACCACAAGCAGAAGUCAGGAAGCUCUGGCGAAUAACAAGUUUGCUAAAUGUUACAUAUGUGGUUCCCAAGUUCAUGAAUUACGGCAUCGGAACUGUGCAAAUCUCGACUGCAACCUCUUGUACUUAUGCUGCAGAGACUGUGUGGGAGAAUUGAGAGGGUGCUGCUGUCGAGAUUGCAAAACUGCUCCACGGCUAAGACCUGUUUUGUUCCAACAUGAAAGGUACAAAAAGUGGCAUCUUUACAGAGAUAGUGAAGUUAGAGAAGAGAUUUCUACUUUGAAUUAGGGCAGGAUCAACAUCUCUUCUUUACUUCGAUUUUGAUUCAUAUUAUAUGUUAUUUGGAUUUCUAGCUGACCAGAACCUGAAAAGUUAUAACACUUUUGUGCAUUUUGUACAUAAUGUCAUUAUAGAUUAAAUAAUUAUGAUUGUGAUCUCCAGUUUGGAGAUGGAUUGAUAAGUUGACCUUUUAAAAUAGCUUGAAGUUUCCAUUUC